UUUUUAAGAUCAAUCCAAACAAAACCUCAAAAUCUAUAUAUUAAAUUAAUCGCAGAAACUUGAUAUAUUAUUACGCAACCAAACUUUCACACCUUUGAAUUUUAGUUGUCAACACCCUCUUUUUAAAGCUUUGAAGCAUCUCUGUGUUCUAGUUAGCUUCCAAUAACAAAUGGUACUUUUGAUAGAGAAACUUACAAAACAUUACUUCAAGCUGGAGAAUCACCACCAUGCCAUCACACACCUUCAACCAGAGGAGUUAUCAUCCUCACUGCUUGCAUUUAAAUCCCAUGUGUCCAAAUCAAUUGACCAACUAGCAUCGGAUUUGAAACCCGGAUCAGAGACCCCCCUGUCCUUAACAUGGUUUGGAAAGUGUUUCGGCCUCUUGCCCUUCAUCAACAAGGCUUUUGGAAAGCUUGUUGUGGAUAUUGACUACCCAAUGAGUAAAUUGGAGAUCUUUUCCAUUGAAGAGUACCUCAGCUACACCUUGAGUUUGCUAGAGCUUCUGAAUUCCGUUUCUUCUCGUCUUUCUAAUCUUGACCAAGCUAGGCUUUCUCUGGUCCAUGGUUUGACCCUGGUGGAGAACUCACCUUCUUUGGCUACAAAACAUCUGAAAGCGAUUCAAUUUCAACAAGGGUACUCUUUCACCACCAACUUUGGUAAAGAUCAUGAUGAUGAAGUAAGGGUUUUCUCUGGCAAGGAGUGGAUUGUUCAUGAGGCUGUAAAGGAAAUGAGGAGUAUUGGAUUCUGGGUAUGCGGGGUUAUGUUGUCUUGUUUAUAUGGUGAUGGUAAGCCAUACAUGGAGCUGAGAAAAAUUGCUGGAGGGUUUGAUGGUUCUCUAGUUGCCACGCUUGAUUUCAAAAUCAAUGAACAGUUGAUAGAGAAAAGGCCACUCUUCAGCGAGAUCAAAGAGGUAAAUAAUGGUGUUUCUAACCUUCUUGUUGCUUCUGAUGAAGUGAGACAUGAUGCAGCCAACGAAUUGCAGACAAAGCUUCGUGUGUUGGAGAAGCUAUCUGAUGAUAUAAGCAAGGAGGUGGAUAAUCUGUUUGCCAACGUAAUGACUCAGAGAUCUGAAUUAAUUGACAGUUUUCGACUACAGAAACAACCACAAAAAUCAAGUGUCUGAUCAUAUAUAUUAUGUAUAGAUCAAUAGUUUUUAAUUACUUUUGUAUUGUUUAUAAAUUGUAUCAAGUCAUGUAAAUAGUAAUACACAGUUCCAGUGGUUAUUUGCACACUUAGGAACAUAUGUAAUGAAUAAUAAAAAUUAUGGUUCUUCAUAUUUUCAGUUGACAACCAA